UUUCUCUUUAUCCUUCAAAGAUGCCUACUGUUUCUUUAUAUAAUAAUGAUACACCCAUUUCUCAUCGCUUUACUAAUCUCAUCAGACAAUCCUCUCUGUCGAAUCUAAGUUACCGGGCCAAUAAGAAUACUAAAACAUAUGGAUACUCUGAAGAUAUACAACGUAUUCUCUCAGGCGCGCAUACAAUAGGCAUUGAGGAUUUAAAAUAUGCACUCUACAUGAAUAAGCCUCCGUUGACAAGUUCCUUAUCUGAUCAAUCUGGAUAUUCAAGAAGAAGAACAAGCGAGGUGGAUGAUUAUUAUUAUCAAUACAAAAGAAAGCCAUCCUCUGGUAGUGUCGACACAACUGAUUCAGGCAUCGAUAUCAGUAGCAUAAAGAAAGCAGGCCACACAAAGAGUAUUCUACCAAAAGAUGAAAGUGAAAUUGAUCGCAUGGUUUCACAGCACUACAUUCUCCGUACAGCUUUUGACAGCGAUUUCUCUGCACCGGUGUCCUCCUUGAUAAAUCACAAGAAGGCAAAAAAGAAUCCAGUGGUCGUAUUGGAUGUUGGCUGCGGUGCUGGCGCGUGGACGAUGGAGAUGGCUGUUCAAUUCCCACAUGCAACAUUUGUUGGUAUUGAAAAAGCACCCUUGUUUCCUCGAGAUAUCAAGCCCAGAAAUUGUAAUUUUAUGAUAUUUGAUACAAGUGACAUCAGUUAUCGCCUUCCAUUUGAAGAUAAUAGUAUCGACUACAUCUUUCAGCGUGACGCCAAUUGGGAAUUAACAGGAUCUGCUUGGGUGCCUCUUGUUCAAGAGUUUUAUAGAAUCCUAAAACCGGGAGGAUGGAUUGAACUGGUCGAACAAGAUAUCGAGACACAAAGUAGCUCAAGUGACGAGGGAUUUUUAAUUGACAAAAUUAUUGAUAUACUUGGUUCUCAUCAACAUGACCCUUUUAUAUCCAAAAGACUAUCCUCUAUCCUGGCUGUCGUAGGGUUUCGAAGUAUCAAGAGUGACUUUCAAUCUAUUCCCUUAGGAUGGGGCUACAGCAAGUGCUCACGGAAUAAAGCACAGAGUAUUUGUUCAGAAUAUGCAAGAGCUUCAGCUAUGCAACAUUUGCAGUUGUUAAAAUCACUAAGACCAUGGUUUACACAAGAUGGUCAGAAGAGCAAGAACAAGUUUGACUCAUGUAUAAACAAACUACUAGCAGACUGGCAUCAAGCUAGAUCCUAUGUUAAUUGGCAUAAGUCAAUCGGUCAAAAGCCUUAUUUAUAAUCGUUGUGUAUAUAAUAAACUUUUUUGUACAGUCUUUUCAAAAAGUAAAGUC